UUUAGGGCUCGGUUUGUGAACUUGUAGGACUUGUGUAGAGUUUAUCCUUUGAGAGGUUUGUCUGUGGGAAGUUAUGUUCCCUGGCUCCACGCCGCUUGGAGCAUCUUUGCGGCUCCGGUCGGGACGGUUUCGCCUGCGCUGGGACACAUUUGGAGCACAGGGGAGAUGAGAGCCGCGCUGAUCCACUUUCUCUUCUGCUGCUUCUCUCUGCUUUCAGCAGCCGCUGAGGAAGCACCAAUUCCACAAGAGCUGAUUGAGAGACUCUCUAACAGUGAGAUCCGCAGCAUCAGCGACCUCCAGAGGAUCCUGGAGAUUGACUUCUUAGGUACAGAGAAUGAAGUGCUGGAGGACGUUAAACAAGGCCACCAUAAGGAGCAUCUGUAUGAUAGCAGACACCUCAAGAACUCACACUCCAGACGCAAGAGAAGCAUUGAGGAGGCAGUGCCCGCUGUCUGUAAGACUCGCACAGUGAUCUACGAGAUCCCACGCAGUCAGGUCGAUCCCACGGCCGCCAACUUCCUGAUCUGGCCUCCGUGUGUGGAGGUGAGGCGAUGCUCGGGCUGCUGCAACACCAGCAACAUGCACUGCCACCCGUCCAAGAAGCACCACAGGACCGUGAAGGUGGCCAAGGUGGAGUACGUACGCAGGAGGCCGAAGCUCCGGGAGGUGCAGGUGCAGCUGGAGGAUCAUCUCGAGUGCGUCUGCACGGCCAAACAUCACUCAGAGUCCUGCAUACACACGGCAGAUAUAAGGUGAGCGUGGCACUGGAUAAAAGAAAGCAGAGGAAGGCCAUCGCAUCCAAUCAGAUAACUCAGACUGCACGAAAGCCAUUGAGUGAUUUCAUCUGAAAAGACGAGGCGGAUAUGAACUGUUCAACCCCGAGCGAAUCAGGACAGCCAUUUUGGAUCGCUUUGGACUUUUGAUGCACCUUUAGAAGCACCCAGAGAGAGACUUUGGUUUUGGAUUAAAACCCAGGGGAGCCAAGCACAACAAACUAGAGACUGCAAUGACAGAGACAUUGAGUCGCAGACGUUGAAAUUCUGAUUCUAUGACCUUUUAAAGGAGCAUCUAUCAUGACUUAAUUUGUGUAUCAAAAUUUAUUUUCUCCAGCAAAUAUCUGUAUCAUCUUAUUUUUGUAACUGCCAGUUUUCUAUCAACACUCAUCUUCUCCUGUAUAUGCCGUAGAAUGAACGAGUACAACAAAACACAGUCUGCAGUAACUAAUACUAAUAAAGUAAAUACAUUUUA